GAAGAGGGACCAACUUCCGUUUCCGGUGUGUCUUACAAAACUGGUGUGUGAAUGGUGCACUUGAAAUGAUAAAGUUAUCCUCCUUUAUUUGCUAAUUCCUAACAUUAUUUAUGUUCGGAAGCAGAUUCUCGUGAAGUUAAGCUAAAGCUACAGUUGAGUGUAGGGAGCUGUUUCGUAUUAGAUCUCCGUUAGCAUAGCACAUGUUAGAAGACUAAUAACCUUGGUACACAUGUGAGCCUCCAUCAUCCAAACAGAAGAAAUGGCAGGAUUGGGUCGAGUCCUCAUGUCUGUCACUGCUUUGGCAAAGAAUCAGUUAGAAGCUACAGCAAGGCCAGUGUACAUGGUUUGUCGCAGCAAAUUUACCAGGUCUCGUAUUCCACCACAGGUGUUUGAAGAGCGUUCUAAGGAACAUGAAAUGUACGGUGGUGAUCCAGAGCAGCCACAUAAACUCCACGUAGUGACCCGGGUGAAGAGUACAAAAGGACGGCCUUACUGGGAAAAAAAGGUGGUGAAGAGUUUGGGGUUACUAAAGUCACAUGAGCCCAGAGUACACAAGAACACCCAGUCAGUGAAUAACCAACUGAAAAUCAUUAAGCAUCUGGUCAGGAUCCAACCCUUGAAACUUCCCAGUGGACUACCUACAGAAGAAGAAAUGGGAGGUUCAUAUCUGAACAGUAAAGGAGAGCUGGUAAUAAAACAUCUUCAGACGUCUGCAGAGCAGAAAACCGUGGAGUCAUAAUUCAUCUUCUGUACAUCCGUGUCUUGUUCUUGCUGUUUAUUAAAGAUUAAUAAAACGAAUGCAAUAUGUUUUUCUUUGAAAAAUA